AACCGCGCUUCUUUAUCUCCGCCUUAUCUGAGAGCUUCACCAUAGAAGGACACUCUUCAUGCGCGCAGAUCAUCCAAACGCACCGAGCAAAGCAGAGCUUCAUCAUCGCCUGACAGCAGUUUAAUAUCUGCCUCGCAGACUGAGUCUCAUAACUCUGUCAUGUCCUAAUGUCGAUAAUUAAGACUGUUUGAUGAUUCGAAUGAUUGACGACAAACAGAGAAGAUAAUCGCUCACUGAUUCUCCGCACUUCUGACCGCCUUGUCAGAUUCAUGUUCUUUCCAGGAGAAGGCGAGAAGCGAGUCUUUCUACUGACACAGUAAAACACGCGAGUUUCCUCUUUAUCCAGAUCGCGUGGCGCCAUCAGACUUUAGAAGGAGAACAGGGUUGUGGAGAAACUCUUCCAUACACGGUGCUGAAGGUGGAGGUUUCCAGCUGAUCGUGAUUGAUCGUUACCCAUGAAGGGCAUGGAGAUGUUGCGCCGCUCCUCGGUGUUUGCGGCUGAAGUCAUGGAGGUGUUUGAUCGCUCUCCCACGGACAAGGAGCUCGUGUCUCAGUCCAAAGUGUUGUGUAGGGAUUACAUUCACUCCAGACUGCACCGGGCUGGAAUCGGAUGGUCGAAACCAGAGCACGGGUCUGGAGGAACACUGGCUGAGGUGUCUUCAGUUCUGCUGUGGUUGGGUGAUGAGCUGGAGUACCUGCGUCCCAACGUGUACCGCAACGUAGCUCGACAGCUCAACAUCACAAUAGCCUCUGAGAAUAUCGUCUCUGAUGCCUUUUUGGCUGUCGCUGCUGAAAUCUUCUCCACAGAAUAUAGUCGAAAAGGUUUGGAAGAACAUAAGGGUGUAACAUGGGGGAAGAUUGUGUCUCUGUAUGCAGUGGCCGGAGCUCUAGCUGUGGACUGUGUUCGGCAUGGACAUCCAGCAAUGGUGCACACUAUUGUCGACUGCAUGGGCGAGUUUGUUCGCAAAAGCCUUGUGUUGUGGUUAAAGAAGAGAGGAGGCUGGGCGGAUAUCACAAAGUGUGUCGUCAGUACAGACCCCAGUUUCCACUCUCACUGGCUAGUAACAGCUGUCUGCGCCUGUGGUCACUACCUUAAGGCUGUGGUUUUCUACCUGCUGAGAGAGAAAUGAAGAGCAGAAUCAAGUGACGGACAGAAAGGGCUUUCUAGUCACUGCUUAAGCCUUUCACUGCUCUUGAUGUGUUUACACUUGCACAAAGUUUGCACUUUUCCUUUAAAGGACAUUCUUACGCUCCAAGAUGAACCAUUAUCUUUAAAGGCGUCGUUGAGUGUUUAACCUGGCCUUUUGCACUCUGUAGGCAUUCCUUGCUGUUACCAUUUUUUAUUGAACCUAAUGUUGAUAUGCAGAAUACCAAGCCCUGCGGGAUGCAUCUGAGAGAAUGUUA